AUGCAAGUACGAUUGAAAGAAAAAGUAUUUUCUGGUUUAGCAGGUUGUAACAUGAAGAAGGAUAUAGAAAUACUUGUUGUCACGAUGAAAAGAAUACUUAAUUUAUCGUUGUCAUGUUUUAACUUUGGGCUGAAAGUAAUCACUCGUAUUAUUUUAACUGUUCUAAGUUCAAGUGUUUACCAUAGUUUUGUAUUGGUUAAAAUUUUAUUAAAUAAUUUGAAUUUUGGUAUGGAUAAAUGUGCUGUCAUCCAUGUAGAAAGAGGUAUUAUUUCAUCUGAAAAUGUACAACUUAUUAACUCUUUAUCUUUCACAUCUCUCAACAAAGGUGAAACCUACAAAUAUCUCGGAAUGUCAGAGUCAUUGGGCAUUGAUGACAGAGCCAUGAAACAACUGAUCAAGAUAGUCAUGCUGAAUUGCUUUAUGAGAUGGCUUCUACGUUUUUUGGUGUCCUUGUUAGCUAUCGUUGUACACCCACUAACGUACUUGAUAAAUAUCAAAAGGAAUAAAAAAUGUCCGCCGCCAUCAAAUCCUCUACUCUUCAAGUCUGCUACUACACUGGCGAUGAUGAUCAGAAACAAACAGGUAACAUCCGAAGAAGUAGUGACUGCGUAUAUAGAACGAUGUAAAGAAGUAAAUCCGUUCCUAAAUGCUAUCGUCGAACCGCGAUAUGACAUGGCUAUAAAGGAAGCUAGGUGUAUAGACAAAAUGAUUGCAUCGAAUGAACGUUCCAAAGAGAAUUUGGCUAAAGAAUAUCCUUUACUUGGUAUCCCUCUAACUGUUAAAGAAAGUAUAGCUGUUGAAGGUAUGAGUAACGAUAGUGGUACAGUAUUUCCGUAUAGGAAUCCAGCUAAAAAAGAUGCUGAUAUAGUCCGUCGCGCCAGAGCCGCUGGUGCUAUACCGAUAGCUGUAACAAACACGCCACAAUUGUGUAUGAAUUGGGAAACGUACAAUAAUGUCACCGGUUUGACUAUGAAUCCUUAUGACCAGAAACGUACAACAGGGGGAUCGUCUGGUGGAGAAGCAGCAUUAAUUGCUUCAGCAGCUUCAAUUAUAGGUGUGGGUUCAGAUAUUGCGGGAUCACUAAGAUUACCACCGAUGUUCAAUGGCAUAUUUGGUCACAAGCCUACGCCUAGACUUCUGUCAAUCGAAGGUCAUGUACCAGACUGCCUAGAUCCAGAGUUUGAUGAAUACUUCGCAUUGGGACCUAUUGCACGUUACGCUGAAGACUUACCCCUGCUUUUAAAAGUUUUAAGACAACCCACUGGGCCACAUGUACCUUUAGAUAAACCGGUGGAUCUUACAAGUCUUAAAUUUUAUUAUAUGGAAGGAGAUGGCAGCAGCGUUACAGACAAAAUCGGCUCAGACGUAAAACAAGCAUUAGAAAAGGCGAAGGCUUAUAUCAAAUCUACUUAUAAUGUUGAAGUUCAAGAGCUAAAGAUAGCGAAUAUAGAACACAUGUGGGAAAUAAGUGUGAGAGUACUAUUUAACAUACAACACGUAAGAAAUAUCUACACGGACCCAGAGAAACGGGACCAACUCAUCUCGGUGUGGCCGGAAGUCUUGAAGAAGAUGAUUGGGAUCUCGGAACACAAUUUGACGUGCGUUGCUUAUGGACCGGCAAAGAAGUUCUUCGACGCGUUACCAAAGAGUUAUUAUACAAAACUAUUAAAAGUUUUUGAAGGAAUCAAAUCAGAUUUCAACGACGCUCUAUCUGACAAUGCAGUAUUAUUGUUCCCAACGUUUCCCUACCCAGCACAUUUACACUACAGGAUAUUUUAUAGAUUUUUAAAUUUCGGAUAUUUAACAAUAUUUAAUGCUCUGGGGCUUCCUGCCACAGCGUGCCCUCUUGGUCUUACGAAUAAAGGACUACCUGUAGGUUUACAAAUUGUUGCUAACAAAUGCAACGAUCAUUUAACUUUAGCUGUUGCUAAGGAAUUUGAAAAAGCUUUUGGAGGAUGGACGCCGCCUAAUAAAGACCUCUUAAACAGCAUUAAAACUGCAUAACCAAAGGAAUAAUGUAACACAGAAAGUAAAUAGAUAUAUUUUUUAUAUUAUUAUGAAAAUAAAGCUUUUAUUCUUUAGGAGUUGUUACUAAGAUAAAACUUAGAAUAAGUGCUAUGAAGAACUUACAAGGAAUAUUAAAGACAAUGCCUGACCUGCCUGAAUGUUUUUAUAAGUAUGAAAUGGAUAAGUAUUUUAAAGUUAGAUUGGUGUUUUGAAUAAGUAUAUUAAAUUUUUAUUCUCAAAGUA